AAAUGACAUCGACUCAUGAAAAAGGCAAGAGCAAGGCGCGGACAAAGCUUCUGAUCGAUAUCCAAAAUGCUGUUCAGGAGUGUUGGGAGGAGCACAGGGUUUUUGAGGCCGAGCCUGGGGACAAACCUCCGGCGCCGGGCGAAAAAUUCUUUGGCACGUUUCCCUACCCAUACAUGAAUGGUUUACUGCAUUUGGGCCAUGCCUUCUCACUGUCCAAGCUUGAGUUCGGUGCUGCAUACCACAGGCUUCGUGGGUCCAAUGUCCUUUUACCCUUCGCUUUCCAUUGUACUGGGAUGCCAAUAAAGGCCUCGGCGGACAAGCUUGCCCGAGAGAUUGCACGAUAUGGGAAUCCUCCGGUAUUUCCUGUGGCAGACAAGAAGUUAAGUGCUGAGGUGUCAGAGGCUGAUCAGGUCGCCAUUGUUCCGGGUAAGUUUAAGAGCAAGAAAGGUAAGGCUGCCGCAAAGUCUGGUGUUCAGAAGUUUCAGUGGGAGAUUAUGGAGAGCUAUGCGCUGUCAGAUCAAGAAAUUGCCAGAUUUCAGGAUCCUUAUAAUUGGAUGACUUACUUCCCUCAGUUGGCCAAGGACCAUCUCAAGGAUUUUGGUCUGGGUUGUGAUUGGAGGUGUUCUUUCGUAACCACUGACAACCCGUUCUAUGAUGCUUUUGUCCGAUGGCAAAUGAGGAAGUUGAAGAAACUGCACAGGAUUGUUAAAGAUAUGAGGUACACGAUCUAUUCUCCGUUGGAUGGCCAACCUUGUGCUGACCAUGAUCGAGCAACAGGUGAAGGUGUGCAGCCACAGGAGUAUGUGUUGAUUAAAAUGGAGGUGCUACCGCCUUUUCCUCCCAAGAUGAAGGCCUUAGAAGGGAGGAAAGUCUAUUUGGCAGCAGCGACGUUGAGACCCGAGACUAUGUAUGGGCAGACAAACUGUUGGGUAUUGCCAGAUGGAAACUACGGGGCAUUCGAGGUUAAUGACAUUGAUGUCUUUAUCAUGACAGCAAGGGCUGCUCUUAAUCUUGCAUAUCAACAUCUAUCCAGGGUCCCAGAAAAGCCAACCUGCUUAGCCGAACUGUCUGGCAGUGAUCUGAUUGGUCUGCAGUUAAGAUCUCCUCUCGCUUUCAGUGAAAACAUAUAUGCACUGCCCAUGCUCACCAUCUUAACAGAUAAAGGCACCGGCAUCGUGACUAGUGUUCCGAGUGAUUCGCCGGAUGAUUUCAUGGCCCUGCAAGAUUUGGUCACCAAACCUGCUUUGAGAGCGAAGUAUGGAGUCAAGGAUGAGUGGGUUCUUCCCCUCAAAGUUAUCCCUGUAAUCAACAUUCCUGAAUUUGGGGACAAGUCAGCUGAGAAGGUGUGCUUUAGUCUCAAGAUUAAGAGCCAGAAUGACAAGGAGAAGCUCGCUGAAGCAAAAAGAAUGACAUACCUGAAAGGAUUUACUGAUGGGACAAUGAUUGUAGGGGAGUUCAGUGGAAGAAAGGUACAAGAGGUAAAGGCACUGAUAAGGAAGAAACUGAAGAAACUGUUGGAAGAAGCCAUGGCAGUGUUGUACAGUGAGCCCGAGAAGAAAGUUAUGUCGAGGUCCGGCGACGAGUGCGUGGUCGCGCUCACAGAUCAGUGGUACAUCACUUACGGUGAAGGUGAGUGGAAGCAGAAGGCGGUCCGGUGUUUGGAGAAUAUGAAUACUUUCUCAUCAGAAACUCGAAAUGGUUUCGAGCACACGUUGGGCUGGCUCAACCAAUGGGCAUGUUCACGUUCUUUUGGCCUAGGUACUCGCAUCCCUUGGGAUGAGCAGUUCCUUGUGGAAUCUCUUUCCGAUUCAAGCCUGUACAUGGCUUACUACACAGUUGCGCAUUAUCUGCAAAACGGCAACAUGUAUGGAAAGGAAAUUUCAUCCAUCAUGCCAGAACAGAUGACGGAUGAAGUGUGGGACUAUGUGUUCUGUGAUGGCCCAGAACCCAAGAGUGACAUCCCUUGUGCCCUCCUGUGCAAAAUGAAGCAAGAAUUCGAAUAUUGGUAUCCCUUGGAUAUUCGGAUGUCUGGUAAGGAUCUUAUCCAGAACCACCUGACAUUCAGCAUCUACAACCACACGGCGCUUCUCCCGGAGCACCACUGGCCUCGCGGAUUUCGUUGCAAUGGGCAUCUCAUGCUUAACUCUGAGAAGAUGUCCAAGUCCACAGGGAACUUUCUAACUCUCAAGGAGGCCACUGCGGAAUACUCGUCCGACGCAACUAGGUUUGCCCUUGCCGAUGCCGGUGACGGCAUGGAUGAUGCCAACUUCGUCACUGAAACAGCAGAAUCCGCUGUUCUGAGGCUCACGAAAGAGCUUGCGUGGAUGGAAGAGGUCAUAGCUUCUGAAUCUUCUCUAAGGUCUGGGCCUCCCUCUACUUUUGCUGACCGUGUGUUUGCGAAUGAGAUGAACAUUGCUGUGAAAGAAACUGAGAAGAGCUAUGACGCCUUCAUGUUCAGAGAUUCCCUCAAGUCUGGGUUCUAUGACCUCCAGUUGGCGAGGGAUGAGUACAGACUCUGUUGCAGAAUGGCAGGCAUGAACCGCGAUCUUUUGUGGCGAUUUAUGGAUGUCCAGACCAGGCUCAUCACCCCCAUCUGUCCACACUACGCCGAACAUGUCUGGCGAAAGCUCCUGAGAAAGGAUGGUUUUGCGAUCAAAGCUGGGUGGCCAGUCGCAGGCGCUCCGGAUCCUACUCUAAGAUCUGCAAACAAAUAUCUACAGGACUCCAUCGUUUUGAUGAGGAAGCUGCUAAAGGCGCAGGAAUCUGGUUCCAAGAAACCCAAGAAGGGAGCUGCACCUCUGCUACCAUCGUCAGAGGGAAACAAGUUGGCCGUUGGUCUGAUAUAUGUCAAUGAGCACUAUUAUGGGUGGAAAGCGCAGUGUCUGAAGGUGCUCCGGUCAAAGUUUGAUAGCCAGACAUGUACCUUCGCCGCUGACGAGGAGAUCAAUAAGGCACUGAGGAACUGCCUUGUUGGACAGGAAGCAGCAGACUUCAGACAAGUCCAGAAACAGUGCAUGCCUUUCAUCAAGCUGAAGAAAGUCGAAACUAGCAACUUUGGUUCCAAUGCUCUGGAUCUGAAGCUCCCUUUCAGUGAAAUUGACGUUCUCAAGCAAAAUCUGGAGCUGAUCAAAAGGCAGUUGGGCCUUGCGCACGUGGAGGUGUUGUCAACGUCUGAUGAAGCCGCUCUUGUCAAAGCUGGCAGCUAUUUUUCUGUGCUUAACAAGACGCCGCCUUCCCCCGGUGAACCGGUUGCAAUAUUCAUGACCAGGCAGGCGUUUGAAGCCCAAAACUGAGAUGAAGGUGCAUAUGCAAUGAAGGCUUGUUAAUCCCUCCAGCUCCAAGAUGUCAAGAUCCAUCAAUUAUUAGAAGAAAUACAUUGCUGUUGCAGAAUCUUGCAUGCAGUUUUUUUUAGAGGGCGAAGCAGAAGGCAAAAGAUGCAGCGGUAACCAGAAUGAAAGCUGCAUAUUUGUGUAGACAAGCAAAAGAUGUAUUUUCUAGUAGUUUGUCCUUUCAGGAUUUUUAAACCCAUUAUUUUACAAGUCUUCUCCACUUAAAUAUUCCACUUUGGAAAUGUUAUAUGGCUGAAACGGUGAAACCAAUUCAAGAAACAACCCAUUUUUCGGUCUG